AUGACGUAUAAAUACAACUGCUGUGAUGAUGGAUCCGGAACUACCGUUGGUUCAGUGGUGCGAUUUGAUAACGUCACCUUGUUAAUCGAUCCCGGUUGGAAUCCAUCUAAAGUAUCAUAUGAGCAAUGUAUCAAGUACUGGGAAAAAGUGAUACCGGAAAUUGAUGUAGUAAUACUAUCACAACCGACGACUGAAUGUUUAGGUGCUCACUCCUUACUGUACUAUAAUUUCACCUCCCACUUCAUAUCGAGAAUACAAGUUUACGCAACUCUUCCCGUUAUCAACCUAGGGAGAGUUUCCACCAUAGAUUCAUAUGCAUCUUCGGGUGUCAUAGGUCCAUAUGACACAAAUGAACUUGAUCUCGAGGAUAUUGAGAAAUCUUUUGAUCAUAUAGUUCCUUUGAAGUACUCGCAGUUGGUAGAUCUACGAUCAAGAUACGAUGGAUUGACUUUAUUGGCGUACAAUGCUGGUGUGUGUCCAGGUGGUUCUAUUUGGUGCAUUAGCACAUACUCAGAGAAAUUGGUUUAUGCAAAGCGAUGGAAUCACACUAGAGAUAACAUACUAAAUGCUGCUUCUAUAUUGGAUGCCACUGGGAAGCCUUUAUCAACUUUGAUGAGACCUUCUGCAAUAAUUACUACUUUAGACAAGUUUGGUUCUUCUCAACCGUUUAAAAAACGUUCAAAAAUCUUCAAAGAUACAUUAAAGAAGGGUUUGAGUUCGGACGGGUCCGUUAUAAUACCGGUAGAUAUGGGUGGCAAAUUUCUGGAUCUGUUCACACAAGUUCAUGAGUUAUUAUUUGAAAGUACGAAGAUCAACGCACAUACACAGGUGCCUGUACUUAUUCUGUCGUAUGCGAGAGGAAGGACUCUAACAUAUGCCAAAUCAAUGCUUGAGUGGCUAUCGCCUUCGCUACUUAAAACAUGGGAAAACAGAAAUAAUACUUCUCCAUUUGAAAUUGGAUCAAGGAUCAAAAUUAUAGCACCGAAUGAAUUGAGUAAAUACCCUGGUUCUAAGAUUUGCUUCGUAUCUGAGGUAGAAGCCUUGAUCAAUGAAGUCAUAACUAAAGUCGGCAAUUCUGAGAAGACAACCCUCAUUUUUACCAAACCGAGCUUUGAAUCUGCAUCGUCUUUAGAUAAGAUACUAGAAAUUGUAAAACAGAGCGAAAGAAACCGGAAGAAAUCACCUGAAGAUGGUAAAUCAUUCGUUUGCGAUGGCUACAUUUCAAUAAAUACCAUAAAGGAAGAACCUUUGACUAAAGAGGAAUUAGAGGCGUUUAAAUUACAACUCAAAGAAAAGAAAAAGAACAGAAAUAAGAAAAUUCUACUGGUGAAAAGAGAAUCCAAGAAACUGGCCAAUGGCAACGUAAUCAUAGAUGAUUCUAACGCUGAAAGGACGAUAAGAAAUCAAGACAUCUUGUCAGAAAAUGUCAAUGGAGCACCAGCGAUUGAUCAUAUUAUGAGAGGAGACGAAGAUGAAGAGGAGGAGGAAGAGGAAGAGGAAGAAAACGAUAAUUUGUUAAACUUACUCAAGGAUAAUUCUGAGAAGCCAGCGGUGAAAAAAAACACCGAAGUCCCUGUGGACAUUAUAAUUCAACCAAGCGCUACUUCGAAGCAUAAAAUGUUCCCGUUUAAUCCCACUAAAAUCAAGAAAGAUGAUUAUGGUGCCGUUGUAGAUUUUACGAUGUUUAUACCUGAUGAUUCAGACAAUGUUAAUCAAAAUAGCAGGAAGAGACCACUCAAAGAGGGUGCUAAAAGCACGCGUCUUGUAGGCGAAGGAGAAAACAAAAACGAAGAAGAAGAUGAUUAUAAUAUGGGAGAUCCAGUUAGCAAAAGGAGCAAACACCGCACUUCUCGUUAUUCGGGAUUUGCUGGGACAGGAGAAACAGAAAAUUUUGAUAAUUUAGACUACUUAAAGAUAGACAAGACAGUCUCCAAAAGAACAGUCUCAACUACAAAUGUUCAAUUGAAAUGCUCCGUGGUCACCCUGAAUUUACAGAGUUUAGUCGAUCAAAGAUCUGCAUCUAUUAUAUGGCCAUCACUAAAAUCUAGAAAAAUUGUGCUUUCAGCUCCGAAACAGAUUCAAAAUGAAGAAAUUUCGGCAAAACUUAUUAAGAAAAAUAUCGAGGUGGUCAACAUGCCAUUGAAUAAGAUAAUAGAAUUUAGUACAACAAUAAAGACCCUGGAUAUCUCCAUUGACUCUGACCUUGAUAACCUUUUGAAAUGGCAACGUAUCAGUGAUAGUUAUACGGUUGCCACUGUCGUUGGCAGGUUGGUUAAGGAGAGUUUACCGCAAGUUAACAAUCAUCAAAAAACAGCGUCAAGGAGUAAACUAGUCUUGAAACCAUUAGGCGGUUCAUCGAGAAGCCAUAAAACGGGUGCGUUAUCAAUCGGUGAUGUUAGAUUGGUACAAUUAAAGAAACAGUUGAUGGAGAAAAACUACAUUGCAGAAUUUAAAGGAGAAGGUACCCUUGUCAUAAAUGAAAAAGUAGCAGUCCGUAAAAUCAAUGAUGCAGAAACCAUUAUCGACGGUACGCCUUCGGAACUUUUUGAUACUGUCAAGAAACUGGUUACGGAUAUGUUAGCAAAAAUCUAG